AUGGUCUCAGAAGGGGUACAUAGUGCUCGUUCAGAGCCGAAUGAUCCUCCUGGAAGCUCACAGGUGAAUGCAGUGGGUCAAGAGAGCACACUCUCCGACUCUCAGAAUCUGGCGUUUGCUAACGGUGCUGUUUCAAAUAGCUCAAGUUGGGCUGAUACCAUGGACAACCAAGAUAUCAUCAAUUUUCUCGAGAAAAAAAAAGCUGUCGUGCAAGAAGCUCAAUCAAACGACUCAAUACUUGAAGAUCCUAUUGAGGACUCAGAAUCAGAUGAAUAUACUACUAUCAACCAAAAUACAGAUGGUGAAACUGACGUAGGAAAUCAAAAUUUAGCUAACGAAACUAGAAAUGACAGCAUGGAGGUAGAUGAAGAACUUUUUGGGACUAACAACUCAUCAAGCGAUUCAGAUGACGGAACCAGAAAAGAUGAAUCUGAAGAUAACCAACUUUCUGCUAAAUCAACAGACUCUCCAUUGGAUUAUUCCAUUUUGGCUUCACAAGUGGUACGUUUCAACUAUGAACGUAAAAUGGAGCUUCAGCGUUAUAAUAACGCAAAUGCUCCACUUGACUUUCAAGAUAAAGUCAAUCAAAAUAAUGCUUUUAUUUUAGAAGGUGAUCAUUUAUCAAUUUAUGUUGGUGAGAUUUUAAACAAAUUUAAUAUUGACAGAUACACCUUAAAACAAAUUUUUACAGAUAAAUUAUAUAACUAUGUCGUGGAAACAGAGCAAGAGUUACUGCAAAAUCCUAAUGCCGAAAAUUUUGAAAAUAAAUUUGAAAAUCCAAAAUAUACUAUUCCAAAUGCUUUGAAAGAAGAGUUUAACAAAUAUAGCAAAAUUAGAAGAACUAUAGGAUUCGCAGAAAAUGCUCAAUCAGUUGUUUAUAACAAACAAGGUCUUCACCUCAUCUUUUGUCCGUUUGAGGAAGAAGACUAUGCGGGUCCCAAUUUUCAAUCAAUUAAAUCAGAAUGUAUUGAAUUCCUCGAGGAACUUGUUUUUCAAUAUCAGGAGUCAAACUUCCAAUUACAAGUAUUACGUCAAAUACCACAAUUCGUCAUUGCCUCCUUAAGAGUACCAGCAACCAAAAGGCAUAAGGCCGCAAAACUCAUGAAACAAUUUUUUUUAUCUGAAAAUGACAAGAUUAUUGACAUGAGAGCAGCUGACCCUAAAACGAUUGAUGAUCAAACACAAGAAUAUCUUUAUGAAGAGGACUUUCCAAUCUUCUUUUUCAUAUUAAGUUUAGGAGGUGACAAAGCUCCUCCAGCUAGAAUCGACACCACAAAUAUUAGAGAUGGGUUGAAACAAGUUUCGUUAAAAUUAUUGACUACCAUCAAAUACUGCAAAUAUUGUAAAUCAAAAGAUCACUUAAGAUCAAGCUGCUCCCAUGUUCCAGAAUGUAAACUUUGCGGUAGCAAAUAUCACAAUGCCCGCAGAUGCCCUCAAAAUUCAUACAAACGCUUCAAAGAUAACCAAAUAGGUACUAUUAUUUCAAAUUUCAAUGACUCCGAUACUGAAGAUGAUGAAUCCUCAUCACACAAUAACUCCGAAACUAAUAACCUUACAACUCCAAAUCUUUCCUCCAAAAGUCAAAUUUCAAGUUCUUCAAGAACAACCAACUAUAACCAUAACGAAGGCUGGUCUCAACAACCAAUUAGAACUAGCUCGAAACAUCACUUAAGUGAUAAUUCAAGACAUAAUCCGUCGGCUUCUCCUUCAAAGAGGUCGAACUUUAGACCAAUUAACAGACCUCCUCCUACACCAACCACUCCACAGAAUCCAGUAGUCACUGAUGAAAAUCCUUAUGGUCCACUUGCGGAUCAUGAAGAUCAUCAUGAUUACUAG